GCCUCGAGUUGGAAAAUUUACUUCCUUGUUCAAUAUGGCGGCUGCGGAAAUGUCGCUUGGAAUUGAUGUCGGAACUACUUCAGUCAAAGUAACACUCAUGGAUAUUGAGCAACGUAAAUCUGUAUUUACAAGCAAAUUGAAUCAUAGCAUAGAGAGUCAAAUCAAUAGAGAAAAUGUUACGUUUUCGGAACAAGAUCCAUUCGUCAUUCUAAGAAAGGUCGACGAGUGUGUAGCUCUUUGCCUUCGUGAUAUCGAUAUGUCAAUGAUAAGAUGUAUUACAUCUGUUAGAGUAUCAGGACAGAUGCAUGGUGUUGUGCUAUGGUCAGAUUUAGAUUCUCGUUUUGAAAAACGUACUACGGCACAUGAUUUCCUUGAAUUUAAGAGCAUCGAUAAAGAAGUGACAUUUCGAAGCAAUUUGAUAACGUGGGAAGACAAAAGAUGCGACAGUGAAUUUUUGAGGUCAAUCCCUGCUUCAAAAUCACCCCUUCAUUCAGGCUACGGAUGUGCAACAUUGUUUUGGCUCAAUAAAAAAGAUAAGGAUACCGUGAAAUCGUCACAAUAUGCUGGCAGCAUAAUGGAUUUGUUAGUGUGGUAUAUUUGUGCCCUGAAAUCUCCAAUAGUGUCCGAUCAGGUUGCACAUAGUUGGGGAUAUUAUGAUCAUGAUUCCAUGUCAUGGCAGUCAGAUCUUCUUGCAUCAAGAGAUUUUCCAGUGUCACUUCUCCCAAAUAUAUGUAUGGCUGGCACAAGUGCUGGCAUGUUGGCAGGAAAUUGGCAUGGCAUUGAAGUUGGAACAGAUGUGAAGGUAGCUAUGGGGGAUUUCCAAUGUGCUGUUUUUUCUAGCUGUUCUGAUACAACAACAGCAGUCAUGAAUAUUGGAACAUCCUCUCAGCUUGCUGUCCUAUUGCCUGAAAAUGCUGAUACUGAAGAGAUAAAAGAUAAAUAUCCUGCACUGCAGCUCUUUCCUUUUUUCAAUGGUCAUCAGUUAGCUGUUGCUGCUUCAUUAAAUGGUGGAAAUGUCUUGGAGGUGUUUGCUAUAACACUUAAAUCAUGGAUUCAUGACCUUGGGAUACCAGAAGUGGACUUGACUAGCAUACACAAAAAGUUCAAGGAAUUCUGCAAAGAAGGCAGCACCUAUUCAGAAUGUAGUUUAACAGUUAUUCCAACAUUGCAUGGAGAAAGACAUUGCCCUGAUCAGAAAGCAAGUGUGCAUAAUAUACAGGGUGACAACAUUUCUUUGAGGACUAUUGUUAAACAGCUACACAUUGGCAUUGUUCAGAAUUUGUUCAACAUGAUGCCAGUAGAAUGUCUGAAGCAUUUUGGAACAUGUCAAAUUGCAUGCACUGGAAGCUUAUUUGAAGAUAACUGUUAUCUGAAGCAAGCCAUUGAAUGCAUUUCAGGAUUUCCUUGCAUUGUGAAAAAAGAUGCAGACUCGGUUUUUGGUGCUGCACUUGCAAAAUAGAUUGCUUUGCAACUUCUAAUAGAAGUGCAGUUUUAAUUUUUGUUCUCUUUAGUGAUUGUUUCUUAAGGCAUGCAUCAUUUGAAUUCGAAAUCAUAUUCAUUUUUAAAUGUUUCAA